AUGCCGGAUAUUCCAGUUGGAUCUCAGAUUUUCGACCUCGCAUUUCAUCCCACGCAUUCGACUGUAUAUACCGGCCUUCUCAACGGAAAGGUCAAGGCGUUUCGGUAUGAUGAACAAGGACAUGAAGAAAGUUUCGUUUUAAGGCCUUCCAAGCGUUCUUGCCGUUGCUUGGAUACUAGCGAGGAUGGCUCUCGUCUUUGGGCAACCGGAAAGGCAAAGGCUAUUUUCACGAUCGAUACAACUACUGGAACGGUCAGUGAAACGCGCAAAAAUGCCCACGAUUCGCCAGUGAAUCGCAUUAAACACCUCAUGCCCCACAUGCUAAGCACUGGUGAUGACGACGGGGUCAUCAAGCUGUGGGACCCUCGAAAGUCUGAUCCCAUUCGAAGUUAUACCCAUCAUUAUGACUUCAUCUCUGAUUUCCUUUGGUUGGACGACAAGAAGCACCUCAUCACAACCAGCGGCGAUGGCACACUAUCAGUGAUUGAUGUACGUGGAAAGAAGCCGGAACCGGUGGCACAGUCCGAGGAUCAGGAGGAUGAGUUGCUCUCUAUUGUUGCUAUUCGAAGCGGGUCCAAAGUAGUAGUCGGCACCCAGACGGGGAUUCUGUCCGUGUUUAAUCGUAGCCAUGGGUGGGCAGACUGUGUCGACAGAGUUCCUGGGCACCCUCAGUCGAUUGAUGCUCUUUGUACGCUACCGUCGUCAUACCCGUCCUCUCACUCCACCAUCCUCACGGGAUCGUCGGACGGUCUUCUGAGGGCUGUGCAGCUAUUUCCUACCAAGCUCCUUGGAGUUGUCGCUGACCACGGAUCUUUUCCCAUCGAAAGAAUUGCAGUCGAUCUCGGUGGGGAGGGAAGAUGGGUCGGUAGUGCAGGUCACGAUGACACGCUUAAGAUGACAGAUCUCAGGGCCGUUUUUGAAGACGAGGAGGGUGAAGAGGUUGAGGACUCCGAAAAUGUACAAAUUAUUCAGGCCUCGGACAUAGACCCGCAGGAACCCGACGGAGCUGAUGUCGAAACCCAAGCACCUCCCGAGGGCACUGCAUCAGUAAUCGAAGCCUCUGACAGUGACGAUGACGUACGGGACUCCUUGAAGGAGAAGAAAAGAAAAUCGAAAAGCAGCAAAAAUGCAUUAGCGGGGAGGAGCAAAAAGGCGCGGAACCAGAUUGAUGCGGACCCUUCGUUCUUCAAGGGCCUAUGAUCACAACACCGACGUAGGGCAUCUUGUGCAUCUCAUCGCUUUGCCUCUCAAUACGGGAAGUACUCACAGCCGUUCAGGGACCGGAGAGUUAUACUCAACCCGUCGGGAGGCUCAGGCAGGCUGUGAGAUUAGUGCAUCCACGACUAUCCACCCCUGUCAGUGUUCUUGGUUGCUACAUACUGCAUCAUCUCAAUGAGAUCCGUGGGCUAUGGUUCUGGAUGGGUCUCAAGUUGUCAUUAUAGUCUAUUAAUGGACAGAUAGAUCUGCGAAAGCUCACCGCUUAGAAACUCGUUGUGUGGUAAUUAUGCGAUCUCAUUCGUGUUCGCUCCCAUUGUGUAUCCUAUCCGUUCUCAUACUAUGCACGCUUCGGCGCUUCAGCUGUGCUCCGCAUGGAAAAUUUUGGCUGUAACGGAUCGCACUAAAU